CUAAAACCUAGAGUAGAGAGGAAGAAAGAAGAGAACGCUAGCACGUUCCCUGCGGCCGAUCCAAUCACGUGCGUGUGGAUACCGGUAGAGCUCGGGAUCGUUUUCUCGGACUGUCUGACAUCCUUGAUUAAGAUUGAUAUUUAAUAUGACCACCAACACAACUUUUUCACUGCGAUCAAUCAUUGAGAAGGAAAAACUUAAUGGAACAAAUUACAUGGACUGGGAUAGGAAUCUGAGAAUUGUUCUCAGGCAAGAGCGUAAAGAAUAUGUCCUUUACCAACCAAUUCCUGCUGAACCAGCGGCCAAUGCUCCUAGAGCCACUAGAGAUGCUUAUGAAAGGCAUGUCCGUGAUGAAGUUGAUGUCACUUGUCUGAUGUUAACCAUCAUGGAAGCUAAUCUUCAGAAUCAGUUUCUGAAUCGUCAUGCACAUGACAUCUCUAAUGAACUCAAGAACUUGUUUCAGAAACAAGCACGGAUCGAAAGGUUCGAGACAACCAAGGCUUUGUUUCACACAAGGCUUACUGAUGGGAGCCCAGUUGGACCUCACGUACUCAAGAUGAUUGGGUAUAGGGACCACUUGGAAAGACUUGGAUCUCCAAUUAGUCAAGAGUUGGCUACUGAUGCGAUUCUCGCAUCACUCACCCCG